AUGUUAUCUGUUUGGACAUGGUGUGACACACACAAUUUUUGUCGACAACAUCAUAGUGGACAUUUGGUAGAUAUAGGGUCUAAGGGAGAAAACCUUUUCCUCAAAGACUUUCUAAGAGGAUUCGGAGGCCAUUGCUACUGGAUAGGGCUAACAGAUGAGCAAAUUGAAGGCAAAUGGGUUUGGUAUACCAGCGAUUCGACUCCGACAUUUUUUGACUGGGACCCCUCCCAGCCAGAUCUAGGAAAUAACCAGGACUGCGGUUUAUUCUGGGGACCAUUUGAUUAUCGGUGGGGAGAUAUUAUGUGUGAUUAUAAAUGUCAACCAGUCUGCAAGAUAAGAGGAGGAGAAACUGAUACUGUUGUCGGCUAGUGGACAAUGAUAAUGACAAAUGUCAAAUAAUUAAAUUCUAAUAA